CCUAUGUUGGUUUUUUUUUUGGUUUUUUUUCCAGUUCCGCUUCCCCCACCCCCGCGCGUCAUUGCGUACCUUCCUCGAUGGAAAGCGUCAUAGGGUCUGUAGGGAAUGACGCUUUUUUCAGUUUUCUUGUACUCUAUAUAAAUACGGGCCUCAACUUCAUGAUUCUAUGUGGGAUCAAACACACACACUCUACCAUGAAGUUUCUUUUGUCCCUUGUCCCUCUAGCUGCCGCUCUACUGAUACUGGUGCAGGCUGCUCCUACCACGACGGAUGCCACUCGCGGUCACGCUUCGGACACGGUAGGUCCACAGGGCUGUCACGAACGGCCAAAGGGUGAGUAUGUUGGGUCGAGCCCGUGUGAUGGCCACGAGAAGGAUCGACUUUUACCUGCGCCUUCUCUUGAGAAACGACGACCCAAGCACUCGUCCCAAGACAAAGUGACCCCUUCCAAAACAGUCGCUGCGUAUGACAAUGACGCAACAGACAUCAUCACCAUUACGGCGCAUACGAUCGACGUGCCUACCGAAGCACCCGACACCAACACCAUGUUUAUCAAGAACCCUGAACCUACUGAAAAAGCCACUCAUAUUGUUUUCCACCUGGGCAAGGAGCAGACGACAAAGCCACGAAAGGUCGAUGCAAAGAAGAAGAAGCAGCAGCAGAAGCACGACUAAAAUGAUGAAAAAAGAAGGACGCUAUGGCAAAAAAGAGACACUCCCUUACACUACUUGUUCAUUUAUUGUAUACGAUGACGUCCAUGACGAAUAACAAUAACUCAGAUGAAGAUGGGUUUUCUCUGAUGGCUUACCCAUCUUUCCCCCUUUCUAUAACUCAGUACGUCAUCUCUUUCCAUUUCCUUCUUUCCUUGUCCACAUACCCUCCUCCGCACACACACACACACACACACACCCCUUAUACCUACAUGUAGCUAAUAGACAAGGCCCAUGCGCUUUCUUUGUCAUUCAAU